AUGGAUCGGGCAACCAACGCGGGCAGUGGCACCCGCCAAUCAAAGCGGUUGCAGCUUGUGCACAGCAGCUCGGGCAGCGACGACGGCAGUGGGAGUGGCAGCGACAGCGAAAUCGAACGCGGCAGCGAAUAUGGCCAAAAACGACAGCCACCAUCACACACACCGCCGUCGCGACAGACACGGCAAGCGUCCGAUCAUCAAACACAGCAGACGCAACACACACCGCAAAAGACGCAAAAAUCACACGAACAGCAGCAGCAGCAGCAGCAGCAGCAGCAACCUCACAAGACCACGUCUUCCGCUGGCGCGCCACACACCCGAGCCAAGGCACCGAAGCACGUCGUAGGCGGCGGCGGUAGCACUGCACGGUUACACCCUCGUGUGCCGUCCUCCAAAGCGCUGCACAAGACGGUGCACCAUCACCAUCACCACGCCGCCUCGACCAAACUGCAGCAGCAGCAGCAACAGCUUCAGCAACUCCAGCAAUUCCAACAAUUUCAGGCACAGCUCCAACAGCAGCAGCAAGCCCAUCAUCGCCGCAGAUCGUCCGCAUCGCCCCCGACGACACCCGCCGACUACGCCGCGCGAUUUCCCUUUGCCACCGCCCCACCUCCGAUUGACCCGACCGCCCAGCACCAGCGGCCCCAGCCGCAGCGCCGUGCUACGGCAACAACUGAGAGCAGCCUGAAACGGAGCGCUAACUCGGCGUCAACGUCCUCGCUGGUGCGUCGCAACAAGUCGGCGUCGAGCCUUCUCAAACGCAACCGCUCCCACGCCGACGUCGCGAAACGGACGAGCCACGGAGGCACGCGGUCAACUGCGAGCGCCACCAUCAAGCGCACCAACUCGAACCCGGCUGUGAACAGCGGAUUGCAGCCACUCUCAUCCGCCGGCAAGAAAAAGUCCACCGUCGGCGCCGGCGGAGGCCAGGUGCACUUUGAGAUUGGCAGCCCCGACGCCCAGGACCAGGAAGACGAGUGGGUCGAUGCUGGUUCGUCCAACUUGAGCGGGUCGCGCAAGAACAGCUAUAGACACGAGGAUUCGCCAAAGUCGCACGAGAGUGCGAGCCAGGCAGCACAGGACAAGUCCAAAGAAGAAGACGGCAGUGAAAGCGAAGGUGGGAGCGAGAGUGAGCAGGAGGCAGACGUCAAUCCCACAAAACAGCAGCAGCAGCAACAGCAGCAGCAGCAACAACUCAAGCUGCCCAUAAGAUCUGCCAGUGGAUCGCAACAACAGCAACAGCAGCAGCACACGGCCAAGAACAACCAAGCCGAAGCGCACUCUUCCUCUUCGGCAUCUUCGGUGGCAUCGACUCAUCUCCGAACCAGCUCGUCGACCACUCGUCUUCUUCUCCCCCGCACACCGCCCCGACGCGCGCCACCCCAGAUGUCGACCGAGACCGUUUCGGCAAUGCGUAACAUGCCGUCGUCGUCGCCCGACUCGAGUCCCUCUAGGCGACUGCACCACCGCCACCAGCAGAGCCUACCCGGCGGAAGCGGCGACCGUGACGCCAUGACAUCUCGAUUCAUCACGACAGGAAGCCACGAGGCAGCGGCUGGUACAGCAGGCGGCGAUUCCUACUACACCACGUCAUCGUCCCGGCCCAGUACAGGACGGCAACUUGCCGACGACAGAAAUAACGCCAGCUCCUCAUCGGGCGCGCCAUCCUCCUUAAAUCCAACCGCAUCAAAAUCGCACCCGCGCCGAACACGGUCCAUCGGUGGCGACGCAAUGCAGCAGCAGAAGCAGCAGCUGACAGACGACGAGGACUAUUCGAGCGCCAUCAGUGGAGGUGAUGCACGCAUGCUCGACGGACACGGGCGCCCCACUGCCCCUCCUGCCGAGCUCAGCCGCACCCAGCAAAAGCUCAACCUGGAGCGGGCCAGCUCCAACAUUGAUCGUGGUAGCCGCCAGCACGCUGUACCUGUUGCUGGCUCGCUUGUUGGCGCAGGCGAGUUUGGCAUGCACGAUCCGCGUAUUGGCAAGCUGAUGGAGAGGACUGGUAUGGAGUACUACAUGAUCCGUCGCUACCAGAAUCCCGUCACCCGCAGUCUCGGUCGUCUGACAGACCGCUUGGGCGGCGACAGAAACUGGCGCAUCCCGGCUGCCAAUGGUGGCAUCACCCGUACGUCCACGGGCUUGUCAGAGGCCAACGGACCACCUGCUGCACCCGGUCACAGAGCCACCCACUCGGCUGCUGGCCUCAGCCAAAGCUUCCGGGAACGCGACAUCCGGCGUGGCGUCCUCCAGUCAGCUGCCGCUGCCGCAGCAGCAGCUGGCUCUGGUGCGUACGGCCCAAGCGGCGCCGCGCCACGGUCAGCCAAGCCGUAUAUUCUCAACGGCAAUGGUACCGGCAGCGGCAGUGGAAGCAGUGCUGCCGGCGACCCCGCCCUGCAACAACAACGUCUCAGCGGAGCCAGCCUCGUAGAGGGCGGUGACGAAGACAGCACGGCCUCGAUCCUGCGCAACCUGUGGGACAAGAAUCUGUAUCUCGGCACAAGCCAGGACUAG